AUUCCUUUACCAUGGUAUCACACUGAAACUAAGAGAGAGAAAGUGAGAGAGGCACUGUCUUAGCACAGAAACAGCAUUUUCAUCACAUUCGUUCCUAACCUUUUCCUAAUUUCCCUCUGUUUUACGCAUGCUUUCUGUAGCCACCUUCUAUAUUCUUCUUUCUUUCCUUUUCCUUCUCUUCUCUUCCUUUCAACUUCACAAGAAUUUUGAUGCAAAAAUCUCCCACUUUUUGCCCUUCAAAACUUGAGACAUUGAGCUCUUGGGUCAUGUGAAAUCAUGCUGCAAGUUUGGAUUUUCUGCUUCUGGGUUGCUUCUCCUUGAUUUCAGGGGUGUUUCUGGCAUCUGUAUUGAUUUUGAGUUUGUAGCAAUUGUUUGGAUCCAUGUUCAGGAUGUGUGAAUGAGCAGCCAAAGGGGUUUAUUGUUUUUGUUAUUUGAUGUUAGUAGUGGAUGAUUAAAGUUACUGUUUUUGGAGGUAGGGUUUGAACUUUGAAGUCUUUGUGUGUUUAUUAUAAUAAUUUCUCUAAUUGGGUAUUUUAUUUUGCUGGAUUUGGAAUCUGGGUGCCUGUGAUUUUGUUCAUUUUUUUUUUACUUGGGGGGGUUUUGAAUUUUGAUUCAUGGAGGCUCAAUUUGAGGGAAAAAAUCAGUAUUUGUAUGGACUUGUGGUGCCAGAGAUGAAGGGUGUUGGGAAGAGAAGUUUGGAAUGGGAUUUGAACGAUUGGAAAUGGGAUGGAGAUCUUUUUACUGCUAGGCAACUGAAUUCAGUGCCAUCAGAUUGUAGGAGUCGUCAAUUGUUUCCUACUGAUCCUGAAAUUCUUUCAAAUGUUGAUACUUCUAACAAUUUGUCUUCUGGAUAUGAUGAUAUCAACCAUGGGGAAGGAAAGAGAGAAUUGGAGAAAAGGAGGAGAGGCGUUGUUGAUGAAGGGGUGGAGAUGAAUGAUGAAGCUGGUUCUCUUAAUUUGAACCUCGGAGGUCAAGUAUACCCUAUCAUGGAAGGGGAGGAAAAGAGUGGGAAGAAGACAAAGAUAACUGGGACUACUUCGAGCCGUGCUGUUUGUCAAGUGGAAGAUUGUCGAGCUGAUCUUAGUAAUGCAAAGGAUUACCAUCGUCGCCACAAAGUUUGUGAUAUGCAUUCUAAGGCUACCAAGGCACUAGUUGGGAAUGUUAUGCAGAGAUUCUGCCAACAGUGUAGCAGGUUUCAUGUUCUUCAAGAGUUUGAUGAAGGGAAGAGAAGUUGCCGUAGGCGUCUGGCUGGCCAUAAUAAGAGGAGGAGGAAAACACAUCCUGAUUCUACUGUAGUUAGUGGUGGAUCUCAGAAUGAAGAAAAGGGCAGUAGCUAUCUGUUAAUGAGUCUGCUAAGGAUACUGUCCAAUAUGCAUUCAAAUGGCUCGGAUGAACCGAGAAACCAAGAUGUUCUAUCUCAUCUGCUGAGGAACCUUGCAAGUCUGGCUGGUACAACAAAUGGAAGAAAUAUAGCAUCUUUAUUAGAGGGAUCUCAAGAUUUGGUAAAAGCUGGGACAUCUGGAGCUGCACAGGAUGUUCCAAACACAAAUUCAAAUGGUGCUGAACCAUCCAGACCUUGUGGUUCUUCUAUCAAGAUCAAUGAUGGUCUAAUCCGUCAGGACCCUCCAGAGUCUAGGUUACAAUGUGAGACAAUUCCUGCUAAUGAUAUGGCUCAAAAAUGUAUAGCUUCAGGCAGUGGUGGAGUAGGACGUUUAAAAUCUCCUCCAGGACCACAGUCCUCAAAUUUACUUCUUUCAAGGGACAGUCUUCCACCCCAUUCAGUUGCAGCAGAGACUACAGUUGGAAGAAUUGGGUUAAGUAAUAUUGACCUAAACAAUGUAUAUGAUGAUGUACAGGAUUAUGCUGAGUACCCCAUGAAUUCUCGUCCUCCAGUGCCUUUAGGGAUCGAGUCUCUUGAUAAUCCCUUACAGGUCCAAUGUGACUCUCUCAAGUCAAGUCCACCACAGACAAGUAGAAACUCUGAUUCAACCUCUACCCAGUCGCCAUCUAGUUCGAGUGGAGAAGCUCAGAGUCGCACUGAUCGAAUUGUUUUCAAACUAUUUGGCAAGGCUCCAAAUGAUUUCCCCCUUGCUCUCCGAUCUCAGGUCCUUAACUGGUUAUCCCACAGUCCCACUGAGAUAGAGAGCUAUAUAAGACCAGGCUGUAUCAUAUUAACCAUAUAUCUCCGUCUGGAAAAUUCUGCAUGGGAGGAGCUAUGCUGUAAUCUAGGAUCCAGCUUGAGAAAGCUUGCCUCAUCAAAUGAUUCUUUUUGGAGAACAGGAUGGGUAUAUACAAGAGUGCGGCACUCUGUAGCUUUUCUUUAUAAUGGUCAGGUGGUCUUAGAUGUGCCAUUGCGCCUCAAAAGCCCACAGAGUAGUAAGAUUUUGUGCAUUAAACCGCUUGCUGUCUCUCAAACUGCUAGUGUUCAAUUUAUUGUGAAAGGAUUCAACCUUUUCCAGUCUAACACAAGGUUGCUUUGUUCACUUGAAGGGAAAUAUCUGGUACAAGAUAGUUGUUAUAAUCUGAUUGAUGGAACAAAUACAGCCAUUGAACAUCAUGAACUUCAACGUCUCAGUUUCUCUUGUCAUAUACCGAAUGUGACUGGAAGAGGGUUUAUUGAGGUGGAAGAUAAUGGACUUAGCGGCUGUUCCUUUCCAUUUAUUGUAGCAGAGCAAGAAAUUUGUUCAGAGAUUUGUAAGCUGGAGAGUGUCAUUGAGGCAGCGGAGACUGCUGAUGACAUCCAGAUAAAAACCAAACUAAUGGAAGAGAAGACUCGAGCAUUGUAUUUCAUACAAGAAAUGGGUUGGCUCCUUCAUAGAAGUCGUGUAAAAGUUAGGCUAGGUCCCAUGGCACCUGGCCAAGAAUGCUUCCAUUUUAAUCGGUUCACGUGGCUUGUUGGAUUCUCUAUGGACCAUGAUUGGUGUGCUGUGAUGAAAAAACUCUUGGACAUCAUCUUUGAGGGUGCUGUUGAUACAGGAGAGCAUACCUCUGCUGAGCUUGCAUUGUUGGACAUGGGUCUUCUGCAUAGAGCUGUAAAGAGAAAUUGCAGGCCCAUGGUGGAACUAUUGUUAAAAUUUGUGCCAGUUAAAGCUUCAGAUGGUGGAGACAGUAAGGAGAAGCAAGUCAACAAGUCCCCUGACAGGUUCUUAUUUAGACCUGAUAUUGUUGGGCCUGCUGGGUUGACUCCCCUUCAUAUUGCAGCAAGUAUGCAUGGCUCGGAGAAUGUAUUGGAAGCAUUAACAGAUGAUCCAGGAAUGGUAGGAACUGAGGCAUGGAAAAGUGCUCGUGACACUACAGGUUUGACUCCCAACGACUAUGCAUCGCUGCGGGGCUACUACUCCUACAUUCAACUUGUCCAGAGGAAAACAAGCAAGAAAUGCGAAAGUGAACACGUGCUUGACAUCCCAGGCACCCUUGUAGAUAGUAACAUAAAGCAGAAACAGUUAGAUGGGCAUAGAUCAUCAAAAGUCUCUAGUUUGCAGACUGAGAAAAUUGAAAUAACAUCAAUGCCACAUCAGUGUGGGCUAUGCCAGCGCAAGCUGGCGUAUGGUGGCACGAGAAGGGCACUGGUUUAUAGGCCAGCAAUGCUGUCAAUGGUGGCCAUUGCAGCUGUGUGUGUCUGUGUGGCUUUGCUCUUCAAAAGCUCACCCAAAGUUUAUUAUGUUUUCCAACCUUUCAGCUGGGAAUCAUUGGAGUAUGGAUCAAUCUAGUGUUGUAUAUCAGAUAUUCUUUGCACUAGGCCUGCACUUUUUUUGUUCUUUUAAAGUGUGAAAGUCUUAGUUCUGGGGUAUAUACAUCAGUGAUAGUAGCUGUCAUCAAAAUACACAGGGAAGGUUUACACCUUCACUUUAGAUGUUCAGCACAAAAUGUUCACUAUGCUGUCUACCAAAUGUCAGGUAGAUGGUGUUAUUAGGUCAUGUAUAUGCAACAAUUAUGAUGAUAGGGUAAGCUUGCCAGAAUUUAGGAGGGUACCUUGUAUUAGUCAAUAAAUAUAAAAGAUUUAUUACAGGUGAGAUGAGUAUACUUUGAAGUUAUCAUGAUUUAUUAUGAAAAUUAUAUAAGCUAAUAGAUGCACUUGACUGGUAACAUGAGAAUUAUGUAAUUUGCAGGCAACUUUAGAUUGAAUUUUGUUGUCAUUAUGUUGUAUUUUCAACCAUUGGAAUAUGUAUUGAGAUUUACGUUACAAUAUUUAAAUUUUCUGUCUUAAAUAUUGUAAUGUCAAUUGAACAUACCGGAAGAAGUUUCUAUGAACCUUUUUACUGC